GUUCUUUUAUUUUUUUAUUUUAUAAAGUUUAUAUUAUUUUAGUGAUAUUAUUUAAAUUAGUUUGUUUUUCUUAAACAGUUUUAAUCUUUCCUAAGUUUUAUUUAAACUUUUUAUUUGUGAAAUAAUUAGUGCAAAGAGCAACAAGUGGAAACACUAUUGUGAUGAGAAGCUGAAUUAUUAAGUGCACCUUUACUUCACGUUUAUUUUGCAACUUAUUUUUGUUACAAUGAAUCGUGAUGACCAAUUGUUUUGGUUUCACGGAAAAAUAUCUCGUGAAGAAGCAGAAACAUUGUUGAUGGAAGAGGGCAAAGUGGAUGGAGCAUUCCUUGUUCGAGAAAGUAAUACUGCAAGUGGUGAUUUUGUGCUUAAUGUUUUAUAUAAGGGUCAAGUUUGCCAUUAUCAAAUUCGACGACAUGGUGAAGACGCUUUUUUUUCAAUUGAUGACAAAGUCAAAAUAUUACAUGGUCUCGAUACCUUGGUCGAAUUCUAUAAGCAAGGAUCAAAUGGUAUUGUCACUCGUCUAACAGUACGAGUUAAAAAAGAUCUACCUCCAAACGAUUCACGCAGUCAUGGAAUAACUAAUUUACUACAUCGCGCGACAAGGGAAUGCAACCAACGGGUGGUUUCAGAACUGUUAAAAUGUGGUUACCGUAAUGUCGACGCAAAAAAUGAAGAUGGCCAAACCGCUGUGCACUUAGCUGCGAUACAUUGUGAUGAAAUUAUACUGAAAUUACUUUUAGAUGCUGGCGUAAACGUAAAUUGUAUGGACACAUCAGGAAAUAUGCCGCUACAUUACGCUUGUCGGACCAAGUCAGCAUCUUUUAUACGCAUUUUAAUAAAUGCACAUGCCAAUGUGCAAGGUCGUAACAUAAAAAAUGGUUUCGUUCCAAUGCAUGAAGCUGCUAAAUAUGGUAAUCUAGCAGCAAUUAAGGAACUGCUUUCUGCAAAUGCGCCAUUGCUUCCACGAACAAAUUUUGGUGAAUUUCCAGUUGAUCUUGCUAGGGAGAUGAAUCAUAAAGAGGUUCUAAAGUUCUUUGAUAAUUAUAAGCUUCCUCCUGCAACCACAUACAAACGGCAAUGGUAUCAUGGAACAUUAAGUCGCGAUGAAGCCGUUGAAACUUUAUUGUCGUUUGCGACACAGAGUGAGAACUUUCUAAGCUCAAAUUUAAGUUCUGAAACUGAAGAAAAACCGCCAGUUGAUAUACCAAGUACAGCAACAAAUCGUACAACAAACGGAAACCUCGAUACAUCUGGGUGCUUUCUGGUGCGAUUUUCCGAAAGAAACGCUACUGGAUCCGGAUAUGUUUUAACAUUGCUUUGGGAAAGACAAGUUAAAAACUUUAUAAUAUCUCAAUCGUCAAAUUAUCUGUAUAUAGACGAUGGUCCAUAUCUUCCAUCAUUAGAUCAUUUAAUUGAACAUUUUAUGCGGUUUUCAGAUGGUCUCCCCGUUAGCUUGAAAUUUCCUGUACGUCCAAAACCGAAACCACCGCUACCGCUUUUUUCAACAAUGCCUAGGGCAAGCCAUAAAAAACCAGACAGUACUGCAAUAUCUCCUUCAAAUGAACAGACAAUAUUCCCAACAGAACAUUUGUUUAAGGGAUCACUGAAUGCACAAAAAAUUAAUACAUCCGAAAAACUUCCGGACUCAACAAAAAAGAAACAAAAGGAAAGCUCUGGCUCCGUUUUUAAUACCCUCAGGCUUCGAAGUCCUAAAAAAGCAAACAUUAUAGACAGUAUGAACAGUUUGCGUAAAAACAAAUCCAAAUUGAAAUCGAACGAGAAAGAGGAAAAAAUUGCUAGCCCAAUUAAAAACAACGAGGAUCAAUUUAAUUCUUUGUUUAAAAAUCUAUCCUUUUCAACAGAAUUUUCUGAUAUGCAAGUUGGGAUUGGAAAAAUGUUACCAACUGACGUCGGGCUACCAUUAGCUUCAUGUGAUGAAUUUUACAAUGUGCCAAAAAAUAAUUCCGCUAUUUCGAGUAUAGAAAUAGAAAAUAAGACUGACGCUGAUGUCGAAUAUUUUACAAAAAGCGAUGUGACUAUAGAGCAAGAGCGAAUACCAGAAGCAAUUCCAGACUUUAAAGAUGGUUCAAAUAAAUUUGUUUUAAAUGCAAACGGAUAUAUCCCUACCGUGGAUAUUCGAGUAUUUUUUGAUAAUGGCCCAAGUGAAAUUUUAGAAGCAUCUGCAGCAGAAUUACGUGAAUUUUCUCUUCAUCCUGAACGUUUGGAAUCAAUUAUAUCAACAACUUCCACUGAAACCGAUAUCGUACGAUAUUUCAAUCGCCAAUCGAGUAAUGCAUCCACAAUCACUCAAAACUCUCAGAAAGUGGCUGAAGCUAAACUAAAUUAUAUUAUACCAAAAGAAUGUCUGGAACUUGAUUCAAUAAUCGGUGAAGGUGAAUUUGGCUCAGUAUACAAAGGUUGUCUGAUUAGCCGAAACUUGGAAAGUAACGAAAAUCUCCGCUGUAAUGUGGCCAUUAAGACACUUCGAGAUGAACAUUGUCGCACAAAUAAACAAGAGUUUUUACGUGAAGCAUCUGUUAUGAUACGCUUGAAACAUCACUGCAUUGUUCAAUUGAUAGGUAUUUCCAAAGGAGAAACAUUAAUGAUGGUGCAAGAAAUUGUUCCACUGGGAUCAAUGUUAAACUUCAUUCUAGACAAUAAAGAAAAAAUCAAGCCUAAAUACGACCUCAAAGUUUGGGCAUCUCAGAUAGCAUGUGGUAUGCAAUAUUUGGAGUCGAAUCAUUUUGUACAUAGAGAUCUAGCCGCACGUAAUAUACUUCUGGCAUCGCGAAACCAAGCUAAGAUCAGUGAUUUUGGUUUAUCACGAGCUCUUGGAUCAGGAAACGAUUGUUAUCAAGCUACACAAGGCGGAAAGUGGCCUAUCAAAUGGUAUGCACCAGAAAGUUUUAACAACGGACUUUUCUCACAUGCAAGUGAUGUUUGGUCUUUUGGUAUAACUUUAUGGGAAAUGUUUUCGUUAGGUGAACCACCUUAUGGUGAAAUACGAGGAGUAGACGCAAUAAAACUUAUUGAAAAUGGACACCGCUUAUCACAACCUAUUUAUUGCCCUGAUCAAGUGUAUGAAGUUAUGAAGAAUUGUUGGAAUUAUAAACCUAAAGAUCGACCUUCUUUUCGUUAUUUAACUAACUUUUUCGCAAAAGAUCCUGACUAUCAAAAUAUAAUGGAACUAAUCAAAUCCGAACAUAUUAGUUGAAAAUCAAUAUAAACGUAUUAUUUUAGUGUUAAGAUAAAAAUGUGCAAUUAUGUAUUAAAUAUAUAUAACUUUUAAUUG